UCCAUGCGCAGUGACCAGGGAGGUAAAGCGCACAGCAGUGUUACCCCUCCUCCAGCUCCGAUCAAUCCGGCCUCCACACUGCAGGAGCUUUUUAAAUCACAUUUGAUCAGAAGAAUAUUUUUUUUCUGUUUCAAAAAGGAAACUGGUCAUGCGAUGCGAUUUAUUUCUACGGGAGGGAAGACGGAAAAACUAGAUAAGACCUGUUGGCGAUGAUGGAUUACUCGAAGGCGCAAAUGGCAAGCUCACUUGAGGAGGGCAGUUCAGUUGGGUGUCCACAGUCCAGCAACGCUGGUGUGAACCUGGAGGCGAUGAUGGAGCAUCUGCAGAGACAACAGGGAGCCAAACUGGAGAUGAACCUGCAAGAGAAGCAGCUUCUUCAUGCCCAGCUCCUGUUUGCUCAACAUGCUGCUGCAGCCAGAGCCUCGGGCUCCAGACUGGACUCUGCAUUAUUUGGCAAAGCAGAUGGACAGACUUAUCAAGCAGCUCAGCAUGCUUUGAGUGCUGCUAUUCUCAGCAGAAUAGAUCCAGAUGAGGAGGAGGAUGACUCAGAUGAGGAGGGACAGGAAAUGGGGGAGCCUGAGGAGCACGAUGAGGCAGAGGAAGACAAUGAGGAGGAGGAGGACGGGCCUCAACAGCAGGCGAAGAAGCCUCAACUCCAGCAGGUUGCAGGCUUCUCCUUCCCUCCUUAUUCCACACCUCAGACGUCUGCUGUGAAGCAAUUGUCCCAAUCUCCACCCCCAGCAAUAAAACAGGAGCAGAAGGAGAAGGAGCUGCUGUCUCCUGCAGGCCAACAUUCCUUUUCAUCACCCAAUGGCUUUGCGGACUGGAGUUACGAUGAGUCAUUAAAACAAAGAGGAAGUGCCAUCUGGGCUGAGGACAAUGAUGGAGGAAGAGUAAGAGGAGAACCAUCUCGAGACUUUGCUAAGCUUUAUGAACUGGAUAAUGACCCACAACGGAAGGAGUUCCUUGAUCAACUGUUUGUUUUUAUGCAGAAACGAGGAACUCCUGUGAACCGCAUCCCCAUCAUGGCGAAGCAGGUGCUGGACCUGUACAGGCUUUACAAGCUUGUGACAGAGAAGGGAGGCCUGGUGGAGGUUAUUAACAAGAAGAUCUGGAGGGAGAUCACCAAAGGUCUCAACCUCCCCACAUCCAUCACCAGCGCCGCCUUCACCCUCCGCACCCAGUAUAUGAAGUACCUGUACCCAUUUGAGUGUGAGAAGAAGGGUCUGAGUUCUCCAGGAGAGCUGCAGGCUGCCAUCGACAGUAAUCGCAGGGAAGGUCGACGUCCCAGCUACACCAGCAGCUUGUACCGUUACUCUCCCUCCCCCAGCUCCGCUCCGCACGCCCUCCUCUCUUCACCCUCGAUGCAAACCACACCGACGGGACACAGCAGCCUGAAUGCAUCCGCUAGUCCAAAUCUAAAGAGACACGCAGAUGAGAUGUCAACCCCUGUAAUACCCAGCCGGCUGCCCAUGGCUCUGGCCCUGGGGCAGCAGCAUCAGCAGCAGCAACAGCUGGCACAAGCUGCCACGUUAGAGCAUUUUAGAGAGAGACUGGAGCGAGGAGCUGCAGGAGCUGCAGCCGACGGUCCAGACAAGAAAAUGAUGCGUAUGGCUGAGGAGCAGCAGCGCCUCUUGCAGCAAGCCCUCCAACAAAACCUCCUGGCCCUGGCGUCUCACUUCAACCCCAUGAACCUCAAACUUAACAAUGGACAGGAGAGCAAACAGGAUUUGUCUCUGAGUAUCUCCACUAACGGAGCAGCCAGUAUCAGUGUGUCUGUGGAGGUCAAUGGCACUGUUUACUCAGGAAUGCUGUUUGCCCAGAAGUCAGCUGCUGCUGUGGCGUCACAGGUUGUAACCAUGGCAGGAACAAAUGGUUUCAGUGCCAUGUCCUCCUCACACAGUCCUUCCUCCUCUUCUUCUUCCUCAUCCUCAAAGGGACCAAAUUAAGCCUCAGUGGUCUUUAAAUCUGUCCUCAGCAAAAUGCCUACUCCUCUCUUGUUGUACCAGUUGACCUCCUGUUUUUUUCACUCAGGCAGUCUUUUGGGAAAGUCAGCCACAGCACAUGAGGAAAUCUAGCAUUGUUUUUCCAUUAUUUUGAUGACAUAAUGUGCUUUGAAUAAGUUAGGAGGACAUUGAUGUUUAACUUCAUCUGAACAUGAUAUAGAUUCAGAUCACAGUUUACCAAGAAGCUUUUUUUUUAAUGUAGUGAAAUUCAUGUCUAAACAGCCUUGCAACGUUUGUUCAGAAGUGUCUUUAGAGCCUCUUUGGGUGUCAACUGUAUUUAUAGCUAAUUAUUGAACAGUUCUGUAGCUGCCUUUUCCUUUAGUAGAACAUUUUGUUGCCAAAGUGCAGCUAAUGAAGACCAAAAAGCCUUAGCUCAGUGUCAUAGCUGCUGUCUGUAACUGUUUGCUGAAGCCAUUUAGAAUCCUCAUAGUAAACAUUUGCUUUAAUUUCGAGUGAAAGCUAAUAGUUUCUACUUUUCAUAGCAGCUUUCAGGGAUUAUGUACAGUAUAUCAUCUGUCUCCUAAAUUUGAUGCAGGUUGGUUGAAAUUUUUUUUGUCUUAUAUUGUGUUUCAUUUUACUUUUUUUAUUUAAUCAUUGUGGCUCAGCCUCAAAAUUACAGACAUUUAUUAUUUCAUGUCAGCUGUGAAUCAAAGGCAAUCACCUCAAUCGACUUCCAGUGUUGGUAAGUUUCUCGGGAAUUUCUUCUGGACUCAGGAAAGUCCUCUGGACACAUCGCUGUUGUAUCUUAUAAUAUGUUGCUUUGUUGUAUUUGCAUAAACGCAGAGAAUGUAUCGCUAAUGACCUCAAGCUUUCGACAACACUGAACACUGAAACAGUGCUACCUCACUCUUCUAGAGAAAUAUGCAAUACGUAAUGCAGUGUGUGUUGAUUAAGUCAUCUGCUGGAAUACACUGUAAGUGGACAAUCAAGUAGAAGUAUCAAUCAUGCAAGCAAAUGUCACUGUGAACUUCAGAAAGGUUAGUGUUGAACUCUGUAAUGGUCUUUGAUUAAUGUAUUUCUUGGACAUGUGGCCAUGAAAAAUAAAACAAUCUUGUGUGCUGUA